UCUUUUUUGUUUGGUUCUUCAAAUUUCCUGUAAUUGAACGAUUGCUUAGUGGUCAAGUCUUCAUUUUAUAAUCUACAAGUCUCUUUAAGAAUUUCCCUUGUUCUGGAUAAAAAGGUCUCCCAUAUAACAGUGCACUAUAUCGAAGGAUUGAUCCAUCCUUCUCUUAACAGUACAAAUGAAGCUUCAAGUUGGUCCAACCCAGAAAAGCAAUUUCUUUCCAAUUUCAGUUGUGGUGGCAAUUCUGUUUAUAUCGUUAAAACCUAGUCACCAGGAAAUUGUACCAGAAGCCUGUGAUAUUUUCACAGGAAAGUGGGUUCUGGAUAACAAGACACACCCUUUGUACACAGAAGGUGAAUGUGGUGAGUUCUUGUCUCAGUGGUCAGCUUGUCAGAACAAUGGAAGGCCUGAUUCACUGUACCUGAAUUGGAGAUGGCAGCCUAGAGAUUGUUCUUUGCCUAAGUUUAAGGCAAAAAGGUUGCUGAAAAAACUCAAAGGAAAGAAGCUUAUGUUUGUUGGAGACUCUAUACAUAUUAAUCAGUGGCAAUCUUUGGUUUGUUUGGUUCAAUCUGCUAUUUCACCAAGCAAGAAAAGAGUGGAUUACUCUGGCUACCCCCAAGUCUUCAAAAUUAAGAAGUACAAUGCUACUAUAGAAUUUUACUGGGCGCCAUAUCUAGUUGAGUCCAAUGUAGACCCUCCAGAUAAGAGGGAUGGCAAAACUGUGGGUGUAAUAAUGCCUGACGCAAUCGCAAAGCACGCAAAUCACUGGAGAGAAGCUGACCAUCUAAUUUUCGACUCAUAUGCUUGGUGGACUAAGCAUCCCACUGUCAGAGUAUUGCAAGGAUCGUUUGAAAAAGGGGACACAAGGUAUAUUGAGAUAGAACGACAUAUAAUAUUUGAAAGAGUUUUAAGAAUUUGGGCUAAAUGGAUGGAGGAAAAUAUUGAUCCCAAACGCACCUCUAUCUUCUUUAACACUGCUUCUCCUAUCCAUUCCAGGAGCUCAGACUGGAACAAUCCAAAUGGUGUUAAUUGUGCUGGUGAGACAUUACCAAUUCUAAACACUUCCAUGGCAUUAGAUUUGGGAACAGACAGGAAAAUUUCCGCAAUUGCUGCGAAUGUGAUUGGAUCGAUGAAAAUACCAGUUCAUUUCCUUAACAUAACAACCCUAUCAGAGUACAGGAAAGAUGCUCAUCCUUCAUUUUACAAUACAAAUGGUCCAAAGCAAAAGGCAAAUCCAGCUGAGUUUGCAGAUUGUCUUCACUGGUGUGUUCCAGGAUUGCCUGAUACCUGGAAUGAGUUGCUCCAUGCACAUAUAAUAGGACAUUCUUGAGUCUUCACCGUAAAAGACAUUGGAAAUUCCAUGCAACUAGAAAAAAGUAAUAUUUCUAAAUUAUUUCUAAAGCCAUUGAGUCUGUCUAUUGUUUUCAACUUUAAAUCUACGUUGGAGUUGGGGAAUUUAUGUAAGAAGAGCUUUCCUUUCAUAUCAACAAAUAUAAGUUUAUAAUAAAAAAUGAAUGAUAGUUAUUUUAUUUCAUAGAA